AUGGAAAAGUUCCGCAUGCUCUUCCAGCACUUCCAGUCCAGCUCAGAGUCGGUGAUGAACGGCAUCUGCUUGCUGCUGGCCGCGGUCACCGUCAAGCUCUACUCCUCCUUUGACUUCAACUGCCCCUGCCUGGCGCACUACAACACCCUGUACGGCCUGGGGCUGCUGCUCACACCCCCCCUCGCCCUCUUCCUCUGCGGCCUCCUCGCCAACCGGCAGUCGGUGGUGAUGGUUGAGGAGUGGCGCCGGCCCGCAGGGCAGCGGACCAAGGACCCAGGGAUCAUCAGGUAUAUGUGUUCCUCUGUGCUGCAGAGAGCACUGGCUGCCCCCCUUGUCUGGAUCCUACUGGCCCUCCUUGAUGGCAAGUGCUUCGUGUGUGCCUUUAGCAGUUCCGUGGACCCUGAGAAGUUUCUGGACUUUGCCAACAUGACCCCCAGCCAGGUGCAGCUCUUCCUGGCCAAGGUACCCUGCAAGGAGGACGAGCUGGUCAGGGACAGCCCCGCCAGAAAGGCAGUGUCCCGCUACCUACGGUGCCUGUCCCAGGCCAUCGGCUGGAGCAUCACCCUGCUCCUGAUCAUCGUGGCCUUCCUGGCCCGCUGCCUGAGGCCUUGCUUCGACCAGACAGUCUUCCUGCAGCGCAGAUACUGGAGCAACUAUGUGGACCUGGAGCAGAAGCUCUUCGACGAGACGUGCUGUGAGCACGCUCGGGACUUCGCGCACCGCUGCGUGCUGCACUUCUUCGCCAGCAUGCAGAGUGAGAUGCGGGCCCGCGGGCUGCGCCGGGACACCGCGGGCGGGCGCCCCGAGCCCCCCCUGAUGCCCAACGGCCCCGAUGGCCUGGAUGGCGACGGUGGCGGCAAGGCCCACCUGCGGGCGGUCUCCAGCCGGGAGCAGGUGGACCGCCUCUUGAGCACGUGGUACUCCAGCAAACCACCGCUCGACCUCGUGGCAUCCCCUGGGCUCCGGGUGGGUGGCCUCAGCCACCGCUCCGCCACGGUGGCCCUGGGCACCAGGCUGCCCCAGCACACUGACGUGUAG